AUGGCGCAAGAACUUACAGCCAAAAGUACUUUCAUGUUUGAUAUCCCAGCCUUUAUAAUUCAUUCACAAGAUUGUAUCUAUAGCCCUGCUUUUUCAACGUCCUAUAAUUGCUUUUGGCAACUUCAAUUAAAG